AGGAAUGGCAGGCGGCUCUGACGACGACCGCGCCGGGCGCCGGACGCCGCCCCUGCCGUGGACGGUGCGCGUGCAGCUGGCCGCGCUCGCGCUCGCGCACCGCCCGGACGGCAGCAUCCGGCGCCUCAUCGUCUCCCUCGGCGACCUCAAGUCGGGCGCCAGCACGCGCCCGGACGCCUCCGGGGUGCGCUCCGCCGACGUCACCAUCGACGCCUCCCGCGGCCUCUGGGCGCGCGUCUUCUCCCCGUCGUUGGCUGAUGCGGCCACGGACGCGCCGGUCCCCGUCAUCGUCUACUUCCACGGCGGCGGGUUCGUGCUCUUCUCAGCUGCGUCCCGCCCCUACGACGCGUUCUGCCGCCGGCUCUGCAGGGAGCUCCGCGCCGUCGUCAUGUCCGUGAACUACCGCCUCGCCCCCGAGCACCGGUUCCCCGCCGCGUACGACGACGGUGUCGCCGCGCUACGCUACCUCGACGCCAACCCCCUGCCGGCCGACGUGGUCACCGUGCCCGUCGACCUCUCCAGCUGCUUCCUCGCCGGCGAUAGCGCGGGAGGCAAUAUCACGCACCACGUGGUGCAGCGCUGGGCGUCCAUGUCCGCGACGUCGCCCGCGGCGAGCCUCCGCGUCGCAGGCGCCGUCCUGAUCCAGCCCUUCUUCGGCGGGGAGGAGCGGACGGGCGCCGAGGUCGCGCUCGACAGGGUGUCCGCGCUGUCGGUGGCGGGGACGGACCACUACUGGCGGGAGUUCCUGCCGGAGGGCGCGAUCCGGGACCACGAGGCGGCGCGCGUGUGCGGCGACGGCGUCGAGCUCGCCGAGGCGUUCCCGCCCGCGAUGGUGGUGGUCGGCGGGUUCGACCUGCUCAAGGACUGGCAGGCGAGGUACGUGGAGGCGCUGCGCGGGAAGGGGAAGCCGGUGCGGGUUGUCGAGUACCCGGACGCCGUCCACGGCUUCCACGCGUUCCCGGAGCUCGCCGACUCCGGCAAGCUCGUGGAGGAGAUGAAGCUGUUCGUCAAAGAGCAUAGGUCCAAGCGUGCCGUUUAGAUACAUACGAUCCUCGUUUGGAGAUGGAGAUUACGUUUGUGUGGUGUUCCCUGUUCGCCGUUCUUGCUGUUUCCGUGCACAGUUCGGUGUGCAAUCGUUGAAUAAAGCCAUGUCUUGUACUAGUUCAAACUGGAAAAUCUCUGGCAACAUUUCAUUGAAUCUGAGCCGUGUUUGUUCUA